CUGACACCCUGAUCUUUCUACAAUCCCCUGCCUCCCAAUAAAUUGACUCCCUCUUGAGUGGGUUCUUUCUUCUUGUUGCAGCUGAGGGACAAGAGGAAUAGUUAGUUCAGUGGUGUUGGAGCCAGGAGCAGUGUGUUAGAGGAGGGAAAACAUGCCAGCGGCAUUGAGGACAGGAGGAGCGUGGCGGUUGUGCUGGAGAUAGAAGAAACCUACCAGGGAUAUUGGGGACAAGAGAAGAAACAUGGCUGGGGUGUUGGGACAGGAGGGGGAAAUGUGCCGGGAGUAUUGAGAUGCAACAGGGAACAGGGCAGGGUGGGCCAAGGAACGUGCCAGGGGCCUCAGCCGGGAAAAAAGGAGGGUGGGCCGCAAGGGUUUGCCCGAAGCCCCGCCCCAUCUAGUCCUUUCGCCUCCACCCUGAAGACCUUCGGCUUUCCGUAGCGGGAGCUGGGAAGCGCCAUUUCCCAUCCCGAGUGGCUGUACCCCCACCAGGUACAGCCCUCUUAGAGAGCAGUUUAGUGGACUCCCGGACUGGCGCACGGCACGAGACCCGGUCACUCCGACCGCACUCGUCCCCAAGGCAGAGCCACCCGAACGGACGAACCUGGCCCCUAGUCUACCCCUAAUCCCUGCUCAGUAUGCGCUCUCCUCCCGGCCCGGAAUGUCUCUGCCCCGGAGUGUCACCACGCAGGCGCAUUGGGUGCCCUCCCGGGAACUUCCCCUCUUCCCCCCACCCCAUUUGCCCCUGGGCUUCACUGCAGAGCUGGCUCAGGUGCCCAGGAUGGUGGGAGGACAUAGAAGCCGAGAUUUGCUGGUGCCUCUGGGCCCACGACUGCAGGCAUACCCUGAGGAACUGCUCCGGCAGCGCCAGGGUCACGAUGGGCAUCCAGAGUACUUGAUCCGGUGGACUGUCCUUCAGCGUGGGAAGGAGGGUGCAGUGGGCAGUGGCAGCUCCCUCGAGGGCAAGGCAGAGCAUAUCCUCAUGUGGCUUUCAGCCCCUGAGGUCUAUGCCAACUGCCCCAAGCUACUUGGUGAACGAGCAGCAGCCAAGGGGCCACAGCAUGAACCAGUGGGGAGUGUGGGCGCUUUUCCCCGGGACGCCGGGGGUCUGGACGAAGCCUCGCUGGGAGAGAUGGCCGCAGAUGUCCGAGGACUGGUUCGACGAGCUGCCAGGCAGCUGGAUGGGGGUGGGGGCUCCAGUCCUGCAGCCUCUGUGCUGCACACCAUCCACGUACUCAGCGCCUAUGCCAGCAUCGGGCCCCUUGCUGGUGUCUUCAGGGAGACAGGAGCCUUGGACCUGCUCAUGCACAUGCUGGGCAACCCUGAGUCCCAGAUUCGCAGGAGUGCUGGAAAGAUGCUGCAGGCCUUGGCGGCCCAUGAUGCUGGGAGCAGGGUCCAUGUGCUCCUAUCACUGAGCCAGCAGGAUGGCAUCGAGCAGCACAUGGACUUUGAUAGCCGCUCCACUCUGUUGGAGCUGUUUGCUGAGACCACUUCCUCUGAAGAGCACUGCAUGGCCUUUGAAGGGAUCCACCUGCCCCAGAUCCCUGGAAAGCUGCUCUUCUCCUUAGUGAAGCGUUACUUGUGUGUCACAUCACUCCUGGACCAGCUAAGUAGCAGCGUGGAGCCAGGGUCUGGGGAGUGGGGGAAUCGGUCCUCCCCUAACAAGUCCUCCAGUGUGGAGAAGAGCCGUGGACAGAGGGAACUGGAGUUUAGCAUGGCCAUGGGCAACCUGAUUUCAGAAUUGGUUCGGGGCAUGGGAUGGGACCGGGGCCCAGGGAGGCAACCUGCAUCUCCCCCUCGGCCUGCCCGCUCUAUCUUUCAGCCCCGAUCAUCUGUGCCGAGCACUAUCCUCCCAACCCUGCUCACCCCGACCUCCCCCAAGAGGCCAAGCCGGGCCUUCAGACCACGCUCUGAGUUCUCCAGCCUCAGUGGCUAUGCUGACUACGUUCAGGAGACAUUGCAGCCAGGGAUGCGGGUUCGAAUGCUGGAAGAUUAUGAGGAGAUCAGUGCUGGGGACCAAGGCGAAUUCCGGCAGAGCAACAAUGGAAUGCCCCCUGUGCAGGUCCUGUGGCAGUCAACAGGCCGAACAUACUGGGUGCAUUGGCACAUGGUGGAGAUCCUGGGUCCUGUAACUGAGGACAAGGUUGCUGCUGAGCCAGAGAAAGGGACAGGGGGCAGCAGGCGCCUGGCCCCAAGGAUAGCACCUCCUUCCUUAAACUGGAAGCCCCUUGGGGGGUUGUAUGCUUUGCCAUACCUUAAACCUGAGGCUCAGAGCAAAACAGAGUCUGGAUGCCUGAGCCAGGCUGAAUGGUGGGAGCUGCUUUUCUUCAUCAAGAAGCUGGAUGGGCCUGAACAACAGGAGUUUCUCCGUCUCCUACAGGAGAACCCAGAUGGGGAGCCUGUGGAGGAGGAGGCCCUCGGUGAGCUCAGAGUACCUAUGGAGUUGGCAGAGAAGCUGGUCCUGGCACUCAGUAGGCAGGUUCAAGGCAGCACCCACAGUGACUUGCUUAGUUCUCUUGUCUACAACAAAUUCAGGCCACAGCCCAAUGCAAAAAAUUCUGCCAACCCACCCCCUCCAGAACCUCCUCAGGACACCUGCAGCCCUGAGGUCACAUUUCCAGGCACCAAGUCAGAGGGGGAGGGGGAGGGGGAGACUACGGCACUGGGGGUGGAAGAGACGUCAACAGCACCUGAAGCUGAGCUGCUGUUUCGGAGCCUGGUGGGGGCUGCAGAGCCCUCUGGACGGCUGCUCCUGGAGCUGGAGCUAAGCAUAUGCCAGGAGGGCAUUGGGGAGGGUCAAGUGAGCCAGCUCCUGGGGCAGCUCCAGUACCAGCCCCAAGCCUUCCUGCUGCUGCUACAGAGCCUGGAGACCCCCGAGAACAAGGCCCUUCAAAUGACUGGGCUGAGAAUACUGAGCUGCCUCCUGGAGGUCUCUGUGGACUCUACUCUCCCUUGGCACAAAGCAGCCUCUUCCUGUUUGGCCAGCCUGAGAACAUCCAGCAAAGACCAUGAGGUGGUCCAGGAGCUAAUCCGCUUCCUGCAUCGCCUGGCCACAUUACACAAGGACUGCGCGGUGGUUCUGUGCCGCCUGGGAGCUCGAGAGGCCCUCACCAAGGCCCUGGACAAGCACAAGGAACAGCUGCUCCUGGGCUCUGAGCUCCGGGACCUACUAGGCGGGUACGAGAAGCACGCUCAGCUCUACAGCAACCUCACCAAAAGCAUCUUGGCUGGCUGCAUCCAGAUGGUGCUUGGCCAGAUUGAAGAGCACAGACGAACCCACCGGCCCAUUAACAUCCCUUUCUUUGACGUCUUCCUCAGGCAUCUCUGCCAGGGCUCUGGUGUUGAUUUGGAGGACAAGUGUUGGGAGAAGGUGGAGGUGUCAUCCAACCCUCACGGGGCCAGCAAGCUGACUGAUCGAAACCCCAGGACCUACUGGGAAUCCAGUGGCAGCACUGGCUCUCACUACAUCACCCUGCACAUGCACCGGGGGGUCCUCGUCAGGCAGCUGACUCUGCUGGUGGCUAAGGAAGACUCAAGCUACAUGCCUGCCCGUGUGGUGGUGCUAGGGGGAGACUGUGCCAACUCUAUCAGUACGAAGCUCAGCACUGUAAAUGUCAUGCCUUCUGACAGUCGAGUGCUUCUCCUGGAGAACAUGACCCGCUUCUGGCCCAUCCUGCAGAUCCAUAUCAAGCGCUGCCAACAGGGUGGCAUUGACACCCGUGUGCGAGGGGUGGAGGUUCUAGGCCCCAAACCCACCUUCUGGCCACUGUUCCGGGAGCAGCUGUGUCGCCGCACGCACCUUUUCUACACUGUUCGAGCCCAAGCAUGGAGUCAGGACAUUGCUCAGGACCGGAAGCGCCUGCUGCAGCUCUGCCCUAGACUGAACGGGGCUUUGCGCCAUGAGCAGAGUUUUGCAGAUCGAUUCCUCCCUGAUGAUGAGGCUGCCCAGGCACUGGGAAGGACCUGCUGGGAGGCCUUGGUCAGCCCCUUGGUGCAGAGCAUCACGGCCCCUGAUGGCAGUGGGGUGAGCCCCCUGACCUGGCUGCUGGGCCAGUACCUGGAGCACAGAGAGAAGGCCCAUUGCCCACAAGGCCGAGCAGAUUCUUUUACCUCCCGGGUCCGUCGCCUCAGCCACCUGCUGGUGCAUGUGGAGCCUCCCUCGGGGCUCCAGUCCGAGUUACUCACCUGGCCCAAUGGCAAAAAUAGCAGGAGUCGGGAACUGAACUCAGGGGUUGGCCUGGGCCCUCCUGGUGGCAGCCUGAGGGGGAUCACCCAGUGCUGGAGGGGUGUGGUGCAAGAGCAGGUGAGCAGGUUUCUGACUGCAGCCUGGCAGGCCCCGGACCUCGUGCCCAGAUACUGUGCCAUCUAUGAGCGGCUCCAGAGUGCUGGGGCAGAGCUCUUUGGGCCCCGGGCAGCCUUCACGCUGGCCCUGCGCCAGGGCUUCUCUGGAGCUCUGCUGCAGCUCUCCUUUCUCACUGCUGCCCACGUGAGUGAGCAGUUUGCCCGGCACAUUGACCAGCAGAUCCAGAGGAGCCGGGUAGGUGGGCCCCAGGGGGAAGAGAUGCUGGGCCAGCUGCAGCGGAGCCUGGAGCCCAUGAUGGUCCUCUCUGGCCUAGAGCUCGCCACCACCUUUGAGCACUUUUACCAGUACUAUCUGGCAGACCGCCUCCUGAGCCUGGGCCCGAGCUGGCUGGAACGGGCCGUGCUGGAGCAGAUUGGGCUCUGCUUCCCCAACCGACUGCCCCAGCAGAUGCUGAGCAGCCUGAGCACGUCCGAGGAGCUGCAGCACCAGUUCCACCUCUUCCAGCUUGAGCAGAUUGACCAGCAGCUCCUGGAACAGGAAGAGGAUGAGGAGCAAGGGCUGGAGGUCCACCUCCAGGAGGAGCCAGUGGAAGAGCUGUUGCCUGAGGAGCCCGCUCCUGAAGUGUCUGUGCUGGUCCUGUCUCCACGCUGCUGGCCCGUGUCCCCCCUCUGCUAUCUCCAUGAGCCCAACAAGUACCUCCCUCCGGCUCUCAGUUCCAGCCUCAGUCGGUUUUCCAACUUCUACAGUCGGAGUCAGAAUCGGCCAGUCUUGGGGCCACAGCGCCUACUGCAGUGGUCCUGGUUGGGCCGGGCUGAACUGUUGUUUGGAGCUCAGAUUCUGCAUGUCUCCACUUUGCAGAUGUGGCUUCUUCUGCAUUUCAAUCGAGUGGAGGAGGUGGCCUUGGAGACUCUGCUGCAGACCUCAGACCUCUCCUCAGAGCUUUUGAUGCAAGCACUUAAGCCCCUCACUUCAGGUCUUGGCCCCCUGACCCUCCAGGAAGGCCAGGGUCUCCCACCUGGGGGUGUGCUGCGGCUUCGGGAGGUCGAGAAGGAGCCUGGGGGGGAGGCCCUGUGGCUGCUCCCCCCCCAGACCUACCUGAGUGUGGAGGAGGAUGAGUGCCGAACCCUGGAGAGGAAGAGGAACCUCCUGAGCUGCCUCCUUGUCCGAAUCCUCAAAGGCCAUGGGGACAAGGGCCUGCACAUUGAUCAGCUUGUCUGUCUGGUGCUGGAGGCCUGGCAGAAGGGUCAGUCUUCACCCAGGGACCUGGGCAGCAGGAUGAGUGAAGAGGAUGGCUGUAGUGGGGCCGAUGUCCUCUCCUGCAUCCUCCAUCUCCUGGGCCAGGGCUAUGUUCGAAGGCAGGAGGACCGACCCCAGGUCUUGGCAUAUGCAGCCCCAGAGCCUGAGGGGCCUCCCCUUACACCUCCCAACUUGGUGCCCUUGGGACCUGCCCCUCCCUCCACCUUCCACACCCUGGAGAUCCGGACCCGAACAACCCCCAGCUCCUCCCCUCCUACUCGGACUUUUUCCACCUUCCGAUAGCCCUGGCUGCUAGGUGAUUUCUAGGACUCUGCUCGUAGUGUACGCUGGAGGGGGCGGCUCAGAAGGGAGGAUAGUAGUUGUCAUCAUGAAGCGGAAAGAGUAGGAGGAAUGAGGCAGCCUGGGGUGCAACGAAACCUACUUAGUGUCACAGGCACAGGUGAGGAGGGGUGGCGGUUAGGGAAGAGUCUCCAGGCAAUUUAGAUGCCCUACAACUUCUAGGCACACUGAGAGGUACUGGAAAGAGGGCUGGACUGGGAGUCAGGAGAUACCUGAGUUGGAAUUCCAGUUUAGACACUUAAUAGUUGUGUGACCUUGGGCAAGUCACUCCAUUAUAUCCCUUGGCCUCAGUUUUCUCAACUGUAAAGAGAUAAUAGAUGCACUACCUACCUCACAGGGGUGUUGUGAGCAAAGUGCGUUAUGCCUUAAAGCCCAAUAGAAGGGGGAGUUGCUAUUGUUCUAGAGAGUAGAGCAUGAUGCACCUAAGGGCUCCCAGAUCCGGACCGAGAGAGCUAGCAGGGAUGGCGCUCUGAGACGCUCCGUAAACUCCCACCUUGGCGUUGGGGAGAGCCCCGGCCAGCCAGGGCCCUUCCCCCCACUCCCUCGGGCCGGUCACACAAACCCUGCCCACCCCGGCCUCGCCCCGCCCCUCUCCGCCCCCACUCGGGGGCGCGCGUCGGGGCCUGGUCAGGCUCAGGCCCGCCCUACGCCUCUUCGGCUCCGCUCAGCUGAGUGGCCUCAGCUCUGGUCCCGCCCGUACUGCAGCCCAGGGCGGCUCGCCCAGGCCCGGGAUAAGCCCACGCCGGGGCGGGGCCGCGGGAUAGGGUUCUGAGCUAGUGGGGGAAAGGAGUUGGAAAAGGGGGACACCCGGGCCCUCUGUCCAGCGCGAAGCGCCCAGCACAAGCCGUGGGCUGCCCAGAGAGGUGACUGGGAGAGGGGCGAGCGGGGGACCGAUGACAUCCCCUAGGGAGAAGAGAGUGGGUAUACCUGGGCCCGGGGUGGAGGAGGGAGACUUUGGCACAGGCAGGUGGUAGGGGAAGGACAC